CAACAUUAAAAUAAUCUACUCAAAAUUAUCCGGCUCCGAUUCAUCGAGUCACCCGAUUCGGAACCAAAGUCGGAUUUUUGCAACCUUGGUUGGCAGAGAAAACUUUGCACUCCGUAUCCAAACUGACUUACGUGGAACUAGAUUUUUUUAGAAGCGUAAGAAGCUUUCAAGCAACGGAAUCUCUCUCAAAACUCUCGCGCUCUCUAGAUUUGUCAGAAUCUCCUAUAUACCGGGAGAACUCUGAGAUUUCACUGAAUCUCGAACUCUAAUGCCACUUCUCUCUGCAAAUUGAAGGUAGCAUAUAAAAUUUUCGUUUUUCUUUUCUUCAUGAUGGGUCUGCCUGACUUGUUCAUUAGAGUUAGUAAUUGGGGUUUUCAUUUAAAUUUGAUCUUUUUAGCUGUAAACGCAGAAGCCCUUCUGUGUGUAGUGCAAGUUCAGUUUGCUUAGAGUUAUUUCUGUUUAGUUUUUGUUUAUAUUGUAAAGGGAGGGGUCUGUUUGGGUGGUUCUUACAGGUAGAGUUUCUUGGCUAUGGAAAUUCUCUCAUUCUAUUAUGCACCAUGCUCUUAUGUUGAAAAUCUAAGAAAGGAAUCGGUUCUGAAAAGCUCAAAAUCACAUCAGUCAAAGCUCAACUUUAGAAAACAUAGACUUUGGUGCACUAAAAUUGAUUCCAGAUGUGGAUCUUUGAAACUCUGCAAUUUAGAUCGGUCUGUCUUAAAGAAACUCAGACGCUCGGGCAGUUUAAGAUUACGGAAUAUCCGUCAAGGUCUUAGAAAUGUUGAAUCAAAAGUCUUGACUGGAACCUACAAUGGUUAUGUGAUUGGUGGGGAAAUGGAUGCUAGAGAUAUUUCAGAACGGGGGGAACCAGCGACCAAAGUUGUAAUUCCAGACUUGCCAGAUGAAUCCAAUUGUGAAUCUGGUGCUCCAGUCAGCAGUUGUUUCUGGGAAUGGAAGCCCAAAUUCAAUGUACAUUAUGAGAAAGCAGGGUGUGAAAAUUUGAGUUCCCCGCCAGUGCUCUUUCUUCCUGGUUUUGGUGUUGGUUCUUUUCAUUACGAGAAACAGCUGAAGGAUUUAGGUCGUGAUUUUAGAGUUUGGGCAAUAGAUUUUCUUGGGCAAGGCAAGUCGUUGCCUCUGGAAGAUCCUACUACUCGUUCUAAUGAAGGAGAUACACCAGAGAGGAAAGAUUAUGCCUGGGGGUUUGGGGGUGAAACUAAACCAUGGGCAAGCGAUCUUGUAUAUUCUAUUGACUUAUGGAAGGAUCAAGUUCGAUAUUUUAUUGAUCAGGUCAUUGGUGAACCAGUAUAUGUUGUUGGGAACUCACUAGGAGGAUUUGUGGCUCUAUACUUUGCAGCAUGCAAUCCUCAUUUGGUGAAAGGUGUUACUUUGCUUAAUGCAACUCCUUUUUGGGGAUUUCUUCCUAACCCCAUAAGAUCUCCUAGACUAGCAAAAUUAUUUCCAUGGACUGGAACAUUUCCUCUGCCUACCAGUGUGAGAAAGCUCACAGAAUUCAUCUGGCAAAAAAUUAGUGAUCCUGGAAGUAUUGCAGAGAUACUUAAGCAAGUUUAUGCAGACCAUUCAACCAAGGUUGACAAGGUGUUUUCUCAUAUACUUGAGACGGCACGGCAUCCAGCUGCUGCUGCAUCAUUUGCCUCAAUUAUGUUUGCUCCUCGGGGACAGUUAUCUUUUAGGGAAGCUUUAACUAGAUGUCAAAUGAACAAUGUACCAAUGUGCCUCUUGUAUGGAAAAGAAGACCCCUGGGUGAAACCUGUUUGGGGCCUACAGGUGAAACGGCAGGUGCCUGAAGCUCCUUAUUAUGAGAUCAGCCCAGCUGGUCACUGCCCUCAUGAUGAAGUUCCUGAGGUUGUGAAUUAUUUAUUACGAGGGUGGAUCAGAAACAUAGAGACCCAGGGUUCAGUUGCAUUACCUCUGCUUGAGGAUGGAGAAUGUAUCCAGAAUAGCAUUGCCAGGGACUUGGAAUUUGUGAGAGAUGGAUCCAGAAAAGCAGUGAGGGUGAAUUUCUUUGGAUCCAGAUUCUCAGUCUGGAACAGAAUAAGAUCUUAUAUGAGUUCCCACUCUGGGAAGUCAGAUAUCAAAUCUUGACACUUUGACACUGCCACCCACCAACUUUGCCUUCCUCCCCAUGCUGAAUAUAAAGAUGAAAAUGUAGCAUAUUUUUCGUAUAUUGUUUUAUUAAAUUUAUAUAAUUCCAGAGUAUUUACAGUUGAAAA